AUGUCUGGAUAUCACAGAAUAGUCUUCACUAGCCUAGGAGUCUUUGACCCAAAGAUUGAAGAGCUAGCUUCCCGUGCCCGUCGUGAUGUAAAACGAGGGAAUGUGAGUCGCAAUUUGCAUUUCUACAUCCACAAGAAGAACAUGACCCUUCCAGUUGCUACCAGCUCCGUGGUGAUCCCCAUCAAGGCUAGGGUUUCCAGGCGAUUCGCAGUUGCCCGCAAGCCUUGGCCAGUGUUCCAUUUAUCCAGUUGGAUAAAAACUGCCAUGGAAACGAAGCCCUUUGAAGGUUUCUUUUUACUGGCCGGUAUGAAAUUGGACAAGCUGGCCCAAGCUGAGGGUGCCUUAGAGCUAUUCUGGUCACGAUACAAAGCUGUGGACCCCAAUACCCCUGACUAUCCACGGAGGACUUUACCCUUUUACAUUCACGGCGAUGAAGGUCGCUCCCAAGUGAAAAGGCCAGUUCUUAUCAUUAGCUUUCAGGGGCUGAUGAGUUGGGCUGGAAGUGACAAGGAUGGUCUGCCUUGGGUAAGCUCCAUGGAUCUAAGGAACACGCUGACAACCAGAAUGCUUUACACCCUCCUACCAUCAGAGAACUACGCCCCGAACGGGGCGAGCACCCAAGCUUUGAUGGCAGAGUUGGUCAAAGAUUGCAACAAGCUUUACACUGAAGGUAUCGAUGUUUCCUGGAAUGGUCAAAGGUUGAAGUUCUAUGCCCGUUUCUGCGGGGUAAAGGGCGACUGGCCUUGGCUGCGAACUUGUUAUAAAUUAUCAACUGGCUUUACCAGCAAAAGGAUCUGCCAUGAAUGUCCUUCGAAUGAUUGGACUGACUUGUCACGGUCAGGGUCUACAAGGAGUUGGCCACGAAAUGGCGUGGCACCAUCUCCCUUCAAACCGGGCAGGCGUGCUGCCAUUAGGAACAUGCUUCCUAGUGGUGGACAUCGAACCAUCCGUAUAGACAUAGCCCACACGUACGCCAUAGCCGGCUGGGGCAAGGACCAGCUGGCGUCGCUGCUGGUUCUCUGUGCGGUUCGUGCCAACCUUUGGGGCCGGGCCGGGUACGAGGAGCAGCUCAGGAGAGCCUUUGAAUCUUUUCAGGAGUGGUGCCAGGUGCAUUCCAAAACCUCUACAGUUCUGGAUUUCAGCAAGAAGGAGUUGAAGAUUUCUUCGCUUCAAUCUUUUCCUCGAGGCUUGGGGAAAGGUUCUGAUGCUGCGCUUGUUGGAGGAUGGCUGGAAAGUGUUUUGACCCCGGUGGAUCCUCAAACAGUCCCGGAAGAAUGCCGCGACAUGAUCAUUGUAGCGAAGUGGGGCAUUGCUGCGACAGGGCGCUUCUUCAGAAUCAUCUAUUCAGGUGAGUUGUGGCUCACCCGGGCCCAAGCACAAGCUGCAGUCUGUUCAGGGUUCAAUAUGAUUGAGUCCUAUGGGGCCCUGGCGCGGCUUGCUCGAUUGCAGAAGUGGCGACUUUUUUACAUGAGACCAAAGGUUCAUAUGAACCAGCACGUGCUGUUUCUUGGUAGCGGGCUGUGCUUUCUUGGCUGUAGCUUAUAUCAUGCCCACUGA